GAAACAGGAACCCACGGGGGGCGGCUUGUAACCCAGAAAUCACGGCUGUAUUCCCGCACGGAGAAGAGCAGAGGGACCGAAAAUCAUCCAGGACACUAACGUGAGGUUUCGUCGCUUUGGAGUCCGGAGGUUUGGUGCUCCGACUGCCGGAGGGAGACGUUAAACUCACGGGGUCCGGAGCGAGACGGGUAGAAGAAGAAGAAGACAGAUGGAGACCCCAGCGUGAACAUCUUCUCUCAGUUAAACUCGUCUUUGGGUCGUCAGCCAUGUCGCUGCUGAACUUAUCGGCCAACCGGCGCCUCGCCGUCGGCCUGCUGGUCAACCUGCUGUCCUCCAUCUGCAUCGUCUUCAUCAACAAGUGGAUCUACGUCCGCUACGGCUUCCCCAACAUGACGCUGACCCUCGUUCACUUCGUGGUCACCUGGCUGGGCCUCUACAUCUGCCAGAAAUUUGACAUCUUCUCUCCCAAAAGCCUCCCGCUUCGCCGGAUCGCGUGGCUGGCGCUGAGCUUCUGUGGGUUCGUGGCCUUCACCAACCUCUCGCUACAGAACAACUCCAUCGGGACGUACCAGCUGGCUAAAUCCAUGACCACGCCCGUCAUCAUCCUCAUCCAGACCACCUACUACAAGAAGACCUUCUCCACCAAGAUUAAGCUCACACUGGUGCCCAUCACGUUAGGGGUGAUACUGAACUCGUACUUCGACGUGAGGUUCAACCUGCUGGGGACGGUGUUUGCGUCGCUGGGUGUUCUGGUGACGUCGCUUUACCAAGUGUGGGUGGGAGCUAAACAACAUGAGCUCCAGGUGAACUCUAUGCAGCUUCUGUACUAUCAGGCUCCUCUGUCGUCGGGAUUCCUGCUCUGCGUUGUUCCUCUGUUUGAGCCACUGACUGGAGACAAAGGAAUAUUUGGACCCUGGUCUCUUCCUGCUCUGGUGACGGUGCUGUUCUCGGGUGUGGUGGCGUUCCUGGUCAACCUGUCCAUCUACUGGAUCAUUGGAAACACCUCGGCUGUCACCUACAACAUGUUUGGUCAUUUCAAAUUCUGCAUCACUCUGAUUGGAGGAUACCUGCUCUUCCACGACCCGCUGUCCCUCAACCAGGCACUGGGGAUCCUCUGCACUCUGGCCGGUAUCCUGUCGUACACACACUUCAAGCUGGCCGAACAGGAGGAGGGGAAGAGCCGCCUGGCUCAAAGGCCAUAGGCUUGACUCACCUGUCAAGCGACUGCACAGACUCCUGCCAUUGGCCGCCGGCUGCAGAGACAACUUUAUAUGUAUUUUCUAUCUUAUUAGGAGUAUUUUUUUAAGGAUCAUCGCGGCCUCCCGACAUUUCAACACAUCUUCCGCUCGUCCUGCGGUUCUUUGCUCAACAACACUGAAGCAGAUGAAAGAACACACAACUUCUUUGGGAUGCAGGAGCUCAAAUUCAGCUUCAUUUUCUGUCUGUGGCGAGCUGUUGACGGGUCGACUGACCGUGGAGACAUUCGGUGUCCAAUCCAAAGGAGGCGACAGGUUUAUGUCAUCGUUAAGUUAAAGCACAGACUCCAUUAAUGCACCAAACCUUCAUCUGCUGCUGGAAGCAGGCGCUGAAAACAAUAUAAUAAUUAGUGAAAUAGUUAUUUUAGUCCAGUAGAAAAGAGUGGCAGCUCCACACAAAACAAAAUGUUUCAUCAUCUCUCACUCAGACCCACUAAAGUGUAUCUGUCUGAGCAUUAUGGACACACUGUGUUCCUUGAUGGCCACGUGCAGAAUGGAAAUACAGGAGUUGUGUCUGAAUCUGUGAGUUUAAACACUUAAACCAAUCAAACAGUGUUUAAGUGUUUUAAUACACACUUUUUGAGCCGAAGUACAAAUCACACUUCCAAUCAAAAGCUAACGACUUAAAGGUGACGUGAUGAGUGUGUCUGUAGCAGCGCUGCUUGUUUUUGUUUUAUUCAUUGUUUUUCAUUCGAUUAAGAGUUAUUGAAGACACAAAUAAAAGCCCCACGAGCCACAAAGAUUGUUGAUUUCACAGAGUUUAAUUAAAAAACAUCGACUUCUGUCUCUUAAGUGUUAAUGAAAAUAAAUGGAUUAACAAUGGGAAUUUAUUUUGAUACUUCUAAUGUAAAUAAGAAGUCGGAGUGCAUUAAAAAGCAUCAAAUUAGACAAAGAGAGCUUGUUUAGAACUUCAAAGAAAGAUGAUUUAUGGGCCUUUUGAUGUUUAUUCAUUUUAUCUGAUAUUAAUGUUCUCUUUAUUAUCUGGCCUCCUGUCAUGUUACUGUAAACAAGUCCUCUUCAUACUCUGACAGAGGUUAUAUAUAUAAAAAUAACUGUAUGCUAAUAAACUACCAGAGCUUCCUCUGUUACGG